CCUUCCCUGUUGUUGUGUAACAUUAUUGGCGCGUAGACUUACCACAGAUAACGAGGCAUUGGUCUUUUCCUUCAAUUGACAUUUGUAUUUUUGUUUUAACGCAAUCGACUCGCCAAACAGUAAUGGAUUUUGAAACAUUAAACAAGCUGAAAUCGUCUGGAACUGUUGUUGGGCUUGGCAAUGAAACUGCUAGACCAGCCUGUAAAAAAUGCGGCUAUCCAGGACAUUUGACAUUUCAGUGUAGAAAUUUUCUUUCAACGAAUCCUGCUAGUGGUGUGGUUUUGGAUGUGAGCAGCACAAGUAGUGAAGAAGACGACAUGACCACACCGCUGACAAUGCUGAGAGCUGAAGAACUCAAGGCACUUCAAGAAAAGCUGAAAGAGAGAGAAAAAGAAAAGAAACUUAAAAGGAAAUCCAAGCACAAGAAAAAGGAGAAGAAAAAGAGAAGCAGAAAAGAUUCGACCUCAUCAUCUACUUCUAGUGAUUCAUCUGAUUCUUCAGACUCUUCAGACGAUGACAAGAAGAAGAAGAAGAAAAAAUCCAAGAAACACAGAAAAUCCAAGCACAAGAAAUCUAAAAAGGAAGAUUUGUAAUAUGUUGUGAAUUUUCAAUUAACAUAGGGAAAAGGGGAUUUCUCUUCUUCUUGUGUUGGAUUCAGUUUGCCCAUUUCAGUUUUUUAUGACUCUUGAAGUGACAUCCCAGGGGAAAUCUAUGUAACACCCAUGUGCUCAACAAGCAUCAUCUACCACCAUCCCUGAACAUCUCGCCCCUUUGCAAGCACAUUAAAAAAGAAGAAAAAAAGUAAUAAAAAAGAAAAAAAAGGAGAAUUCAUA